AUGCGAAAGCCGCAGGGCCCUUCCUCUCGGCCACAUGUCUCCUUGACGACGAGUGCUGCCAGGAACUGGCUGGUUCUGGUGCUCAGCCUUCUGACGGUGUUCACGCGGGCGUUGUCGCCAUCGGAAGUCGCGGGUUUACGUAAAGAGACUGAGGACCUCUUCUAUCAUGGCUACGAAAACUACAUGGCCCAUGGCUUCCCGGAGGACGAAGUCCGACCGCUCACGUGCCGACCCUUGGCUCGAGAUAGAGAAAACCCCGGCCACUUCGAGAUCAACGAUGCGCUGGGCAACUACUCAUUGACGCUGAUAGACAGUCUGUCGACGUUGGCAGUACUGGCGUCGUCACCCUCGAAUACGAAGCGUAACAAGCCUCUACUACUGUUUCAAGAUGGCAUACAGCGACUAGUUGAGCAGUAUGGCGAUGGCACGGAUGGCGCUAGAGGUAGCGGUAUAAGAGCCAAAGGUUUUGAUGUGGACAGCAAGGUACAGGUCUUCGAGACUGCUAUACGUGGGCUCGGAGGCCUGUUAAGUGCACAUCUAUUCGCCGUAGGCGACUUGCCCAUACGUGGCUAUGCGCCUGCAGCAUCACAAGCAGACCACGCACGAACAUGGCACUCGAUACGCUCAUCUCCGGGCCCAGGCAUCAAGUGGAAGAACGGGUUCACCUACAACGGGCAGUUGUUGCGCCUAGCACAUGAUCUUGGAAGCCGACUCCUGCCCGCGUUCUGGACAGAAACCGGCAUCCCAUAUCCGAGGGUGAAUCUGAGGUCUGGCAUUCCUUUUUAUGCCAAGUCUCCGCGCAACUUCAACCCAGUCGAUGGUCAGUGCGGUGUCACUCAACAAAGCGGCUCUCCGGAAGUCACAGAGACAUGCAGUGCGGGUGCGGGCAGUCUAGUCGUCGAGUUCAGUCUGCUCAGUCGCUUGACCGGAGACCCGAGAUUUGAAGAGCUGGCAAAGCGUGCUUUCUGGGCCGUUUGGAAUCGCCGCUCAGCCGUUGGGCUUGUUGGUGCAGGUAUCGAUGCUGAGACCGGCGACUGGCUCAGCCCUUGGACUGGCAUUGGCGCUGGUAUUGACAGCUUCUACGAGUAUGCCUUCAAGUCCUACGUCCUGUUGUCAAGAGAUGGCCGUCCACAGUCCAUCGAAGUCGACCGCGGUCACGAUCCUCGAAUGCUUUUCGAUGAGCUGAGUGCGGAUGAGGACAGUGCAGACAGCUUCCGUCAGGCUUGGGUAGAAAGCCAGGGGGCCAUCAAACGACACAUCUACCGGGGCUCGAACUUCCAGCACCCGCACUAUAUACAGGUCGACCUGAACACAGGCGCUUCUCGCGGCUUUUGGAUUGAUGCACUCAGCGCCUUUUAUCCUGGCGUGCUGGCACAAGCUGGUCACAUCGACGAGGCCGUAGAAACGCAUCUGCUCCAGACUGCUCUGUGGACUCGCUUCUCUGCUUUGCCAGAGCGAUGGAGCCUGAUUAGCGGAGGUGUCGAAGGAGGCCUCGGCUGGUGGGUUGGACGCCCUGAAUUCAUCGAGUCCAAUUAUCACAUAUACCGAGCGACCGAAGAUCCGUGGUAUCUCUAUGUGGCUGAGAUGACUCUCCGAGAUAUCAAGCGUCGUUGUUGGGCUCGGUGUGGGUGGACAAGCAUACAGAACGUCCUCACAGGGGAGCAGACCGAUCGCAUGGAGAGCUUCUUCCUUGGCGAGACAGCCAAGUAUCUGUUCUUGACCUUUGAUCCGGACCAUCCGUUGAAUCAUCUCGACGAGCCUUUUGUGUUCAGUACCGAAGGACAUCCGUUGGUCAUACCUAGAUACAUUGGCGAAGACGCCAAAGCGGCGCCUGCCAGGCCGACCUUGGAACCGGAAGUGUGUCCGCCGAAACCAGCCUCGUUGCCGUUCAGCAUAUCUUGGACGGCUGCGCGGCGCGAUGUCUACCAUGCUGCCUCGCUGGCCCGAUUACAUAUGAUGCCGAUCAGAGAUAACAUCGAAUCUGCUCUAGGCGAGUAUGCCACAGAUCACCCGAGCAUAAACAUUGCAGACCUUAGCUCGCCUUCCAAUUAUACAUACUAUCCUUGGACGCUCCCGCCAGCCAUGGUACCUCACAAUGCCAUGACAGGUCUGAUGCCCACCAAAGCCACUUUCGACAUUACGUUUCCGACGAUUUCCAACGAGGCAGCGAAGCCUUCGCCGCCCCUUCAGCGUCUUAAUGAGGGGAUAUUGAUCAAUCACAUUGGUGGCCUCAAGCUCGGCAUGAUCCAAGAUGUCCCGGACCUCGAUGGCGAAGCAUAUCGUAUACAAGCAAUCAAUAACCUUGCGCUCGGCAAAGAUGAGAAGGUGUACUUGUCGCGGGAAACCGACGCAGGUGUGCUGAGUUUGCAGGACCCGUACUUCACACGCAUCAGAGAUAGGGUCAUGCUCGAUCUUGUCGUCGAUGCACCGCAGUCAGCCGCAGCUAACAGCUCCAGUACAGUGGCGCCGUUUGCGAUCGAAAUUGCUAAUGUCAUCGACACAGCGGAUGCUGCCGCUCGGUCUGCCUGGAAUGCGAUCUUCGGUCAAUUGGCCAGCUUGAUCAAAGACAAUGCUUUCCCACUCGCCAUGCCUGUCAGUACCCAUCAAGCUACCGCAAAUCUGGCCAAAUCUACAGUGCUAUCGUCCUCGGGCCAAAAAGGAAGACAUCUGGUUCCUGCCAUCACCGCAACAGGUCUGGGCGCUGCUGCCAUUCCAGACUGGCCGGAUUCGCAUCCCGAUCCUCGCAUCGUUAGUCCAGUCCAGCAGACUUCCGACCUCCCAUGGACCACAUUCUACACUCCUCCUGAAGACAAUGCAGACCUCUGCAAUUACCGCCUUCCCUCGAUCGUUCCCAGAACUCACAAAGUUAUCGUUGCCAAGCGCGGCGGCUGCUCUUUCUCAGAGAAGCUGCGCAAUAUCCCCGCCUUCCCACCGUCAUCUUCGUCUUUGCAGCUGGUUGUAAUCGUUAGCUAUGGCGUCGACCAGGACGCGCAAGCCACCUCGAGUACGAGCGGGAACAUCGACCAAGACGUAUUGGUCCGACCACUUCUCGACGAGGCACAACUCACACCAACGGGCUUGGCUAGACAGAAUGGCGGCAUUCCGAUGGUCAUGGUUGGUGGAGGGGCGGACACGUGGGAACGACUGAAAAAGGCGCAGGGAAUGGGUAUAAGGCGGAGGUGGGAGGUACAGUGUCGGGGAGUGAGGAUAGAUAAUCUGGUGAUCCUGUGA